CUUCCGGUACAGACAGAGAACUGUACAGGCGGGGAUGUAGGCUGACAGACCCUACUCAAUAUAUUUACGUUUCCUGUUGGGGAUUCUUGAUCUACAGAGGUUGAAAUAGGAAUGUGUAUCUAGAGGAGGCUACAUUGAACAUUUUGUGAUAAUAUUACCGUUAGGAAAAUCAUAAUGUCUGCUGAAAGUAGUGGAGAGAACCAGGACUUCAGAGGAAUGUUGGUGCGGUUGUCCAACUUAUUGAAAAAAGACGAUCUGGAGGCCAUGAAAUAUAUGUGUAAAGAUGUUAUUGGAAAAAGAGACUUAUCUAAGAUAGAAAGUUUUUUCGAAUUGUGUGACAAUCUUGAAAGUCGGGAUAUGCUUGAUAGUAUUAAUAUUGCGUUCUUACAGAAACUACUCACUGACUGCUGUUCCGGAAGAAAGGAUGUGUUACAUGUUUUAGAAAGUUACACUAAACCACAAAAUGGGAUACACAAUGAAACAGAAGCCAACAUAACACAAAACGUACAGUUGAAUCCAGUAAAUCCCCAACAACAGAUUGUAUACCUGCAGCCUGCCCAGGGUUUCCACAGUCAUCAAAUGUCACCAAGUAGUGCUACCUACUCCUUACCGACUUACGACUACAAACAUGUUGAAAAAGAAAUCAAUUACCUGACGAGGAAACUUGGAAGGGAAUGGCGUUUCUUCAUGCGUACCUUAGGAAUAUCUGACUAUGACAUGGCUGAGAUGGAGCAACAGCAUCCACGUAACAUGCGUGAACAGAUUCAUGGUUGUUUUGUGAUUUGGGUGCAGCAGAAUAAAGGUGCCGUCAACAAGAAUAUGCUGAUAAAGGCUUUGACAGAUGUUUCUGUGGAGAGAUUUGAUCUCGCUGCUAACCUGGAGGAUAAUGACUUUUCUUAACUUUUCGGAAGAAGACAGAGGUUAUUAACAAUCAAUAUACCAAUGCUUGUCCUAAGAACAUUUCUGAAAGUCCAGCCUAGUAAGAGAUGUUUGGCAGAUUAUGUGAUAUACAAUGUCUAUAUCUAGGUGGUGUAAGCAUGUGUCAGAGAAGGAAUUCUGGUGGGGAUAUCUAAAGUUAAUUUUGUUAACAGUAUUUUUGUUCGAAGAAAGUAGUUCUGUAUAGGUACAUCCGAUUGUCAAGGUUUCAUUCCUGUGAGAAUGAUCAUACAAAGCUUAAGGCUGUAUAUCUGAUCAUCAUAUCAUCUGCAUGGUAUGUGGAUUGAUGCAGAGACCAUUUUUGAGAAUAACUCUGAUAAGUUUGUAAUUUAGAAAAUGUCUUAUCAAUAGAGACUUGUAUAAGGUCAUGAAGAGGAAGUAAUUGUAUUGUUUUUUUAUGCUAUUGUUAGUUACUGUAUGUGUUAAUAAUGGUACCAGUUAUGACUGAUUUUGUAUCCUAAUGAGGUUAUAAUUGAACAUUCCCAGCUGCCAGUCAGCAAUGUAUAUACAGAUAUAAUUUAUGAUGGAUGUGUUAUACUUCAAUGGAUUGUUUUUCCUCCUGAACUGUGAAAGGUAUGUCUUUAUGAUCGAGAACUUCAAUGUUCAUAAACACUAUAUAGAAUACUGAAGGACAGUACAUAAAACUUGGUGUGUAUAUCCUCAGUUGAAUGCUCUAUAGUGUAUUUUGAUUUAUCAAUCCUCCAUCUUUACUGCAUGGAAUCAUGAUUACUAGAAACACCCUGCAGAAAUAUUACUGACAUGCAUGCCUCAUAUAGAAGCAGAAAUAAAUGACUGAUUUUGUAUGCAUUUAUAUUUGUGGUCUAACUACUUUUUUCUGAUACUUCACAGCUUUCUGGGCGAGUUCCCCAUUUCUCCCUCAAAGGGGUGUAAGAUCUGUUAUUCUCUUACCCUGGACAGGGAUACCCGCAGUUUUACAGGAGUGAGAUUUUCUUAUCUCACCCUAGGGAAAAGACAAGCUACACAUGCUCUUUGAACAUGCUCUUCUUCUCGAAAGGGUGACGUCACUAUGACCUGACCUGGAACAUUUGAAUGCUAAAUAUCCAUAUUAUUCACAAAAGAAAUUGAAAUAAGUAUUAAAUAUCAAGAGUUAACAGAGUGUUUGGUGUUCUUUUUGACAAGCUUAUUGGAACUGUAUUUUGUACGAAACACCAUCGUAAGGUGUAAAGCCUCUGCUGCAGCCUUAAAUCACAACAGUCAUCCGCCGUCCACGUGUUGUUGUUUACAUAUGUUUGGAUUUUGUUCACACUACGAUUGGAAAACAGGAUAAGAGAAAAAUAAUCAUUCACCCCUUUUUGAGAUGAGAUAGGGGGAUCUCAACCCUCCAGGAAGAUUGUUAAGUUCCUAAACACUCGGCAAGCCUCAUGUUUGGGAAUUUAAAAAUUCCCCCCCUCGGGUUGAGAUCCCCUAUCUCACCCCAAAAGAGGUGUAAGCUUCCGUUAAUCUUGCAUACUUCACAGGGUAAUCUUGUUUGCUAGGGAUGGAUAAUUAUCUCACAUGGGGUAAGGACAGCGUCCACAUGCUAUGAUGUCAUAAUAAAGAAUUGUCAACAUGUAUUGUU